CGACGGAACUACAGUAAGCGUUAAGCGAUGGCGUUACCCAAAUGAUAUUGUCGUGUGCAGUUGUCGUUUCAUUAACGGACCCUUUACAUUUCUAGCGGCAGAGCAAUUUCUGUGGAUUUGAGAUAAUAACAAACCGCGUGUGAAAGGUCCACUUAAAGUCAGGAUACAAGAUGAUGCCAACAAUGCCACCAGAUUCUCAUAAAAUUUCUUUAAAAAUAAUUGAAGCUAUCAAGCAACAUCCUGUUCUCUAUAGUUCUGAAGUUAAGGGAUCUUCCAUUAAGCUUCAAGAAUUUAAACAGAAAGUUUGGAAACGUAUUUCGGAUGAGCUUGGUCUUGAUCCAACUUGGGUUAGAUUAAGGUGGAAAAAUCUACGGGAUACCUAUUGUCGCAUCUUAAAGUACAAAAAUAAGACUGAGAAAGGUGUUAGAAGAAAGAAAUGGAUUUUUGAAGAUCAUUUGAGUUUCUUAAAAUUUCCAUAUGAAUCAGAUUAUCAACCACAAAGUAUAGAAUUGUCAGAAGAAUACAUACAAGAUAUAAAUGCAGGUGGAAUAAGUUCGGAAGGUCUUCUUGAACAAUUGGAAGAUCGCAAUGAUGAAGAUUAUAGCGAAUAUUUAGAGGUACUAGAAGAGACAACAGCUGAUCCAGUUUUAGUGGAUACUGAACCUUUAGAAAUGUUAAAUACCAGUGAUCAACAUUUAGCUGAGAAUAUACAAAUAGAAAAUGACCAAAUACAACAACAUCAUCAAGAUGUGGAUACUUAUGUUCAACAAAUACAAUCAAAAUAUAGAAAGAUAAGACCGAAGAGGUUAAAGGUGGAACAUCCGUCUAGUACAGAGGUGCCUAACACGUAUAGUAUUUUAAAGACUCCUUCGAAAACUAAAAACAUGGUCUCUAUUGAUAACAAUCCUAUAACUACACCUAUUUUCAUAACCAGUUCAUCUACUACAACUACACCUACGACGCCUAUAAAAGGAUUAAAUAAUGUACAAGAAGAUGGAGAAAGGAAUCUAGAACAAGUUUAUCUAGCGCCGGAAGGCAAAAGCAGUAUAGAACUGUUUUUUGACAGUAUGGCACAAACAGUCAAGAGAUUACCACCAAAAGCACAAGCUGACAUAAAAAUGAAUAUUUGUAAAAUUGUUACAGAGGCAGAGGUACGAUUUUCGGGACAAAAUACGGCACAAAGUACGCAACAAUUUAUAACACCGCCAGGCAUGAUUCCAAAACUGGUAUUGAUUCCUUGUAAUAUGAUAGACCAGCAGAAUAAUAAAGGUUGACAGUUUCUAAAUUGUA